AACCAAGUUACUUCCGGUUAAAAAAUGGCGGCCGAAUCAAAUGUUUCUGAGUAAGAGGCAUCAUAUAAUGACGCUCACACUGCUCUAAGCAUGAAAGCCAAACCAAGUGCACGUGCUAAGAAACUGAAAGGGCAGAAUGAGGUGUUCCUGCAGUCCCUUGUCAAUAGAAAUAUUGGAAGCCGUACAGGGAAAGAUGUCAAGGCAGGAAAGCUGAUAGAAAAAGAUGAAGAUGGCUUCGACAAUUUUGAUGCUUACUGGUCAGAGUCUGAUGCAGACGUGACAAACAACACCACCCUCCACUCCAAGCUUUCCUCUGUGAGUGGCCGGACAGAGAAGGAGAACCAGGCUCAGACAACACUCGGGCGCACAUCUACUCUUCAGUCAGUAGAUACUUGUACGUCACUACGAGUUGGUGGAACUGGAACUUACUACCUCGGGAACCGUGUAAUAGGGAGUCGUACAGGGAAGAAUAUUAAAGCAGGGAAAAAUAUCCGCAAAUGUGAUGAUGGCAUUGAAAACUUUGAUGACUAUUGGUCUGAAUCAGAAGCUGACAGCAUACUGUCCUUCCACAAGAGCAUUCGGACUAAUGACACCAGGAGUUUUCUGGCUGCAGGUACACCACAGGAACGGGAUGAAAAUAUUUCCUCUGUGACUGGAGAGGAUGGGUCUGAAGGUGAGGUGGUGAUCAACUCAAGACACCGAUAUGCUGGCACCGGGUGGGAAAACAGUGAUUUGGGGCAGGGUGCAGAUAAUGAGGGAGAUGUGUGGGGGACUGGGGGCAGACAUCCCAUGGAGGAUUCCACUGAGCUGGUGGAGGACAACCUUCAUGAUAGUGCAGAGGAACAGAGGUGCUGUGACACAGGGAGUGUCCAGGGUACCUACACUCAUCGACAACACCCCUCUAACCUUAAACAAGCUCAUGAUGUACCAGAAGAUUCCACAGUCUGGAGUGAGAGUGAACAAUCUGUUGUGGAAGAUGCAGAGUCUCUGCCAGAGUCUACUGGGGAGUAUAGCCAGAGCACAGAGGGAGUACCGUUGGAGCAAUCAUCCCAGUCAACAUGCAGUGAAAGCGUCCAGGAUGAUGACGUGACAGGGACUGUCCUGAAGAGACCUGACACCCUGAGUCGCAGCCAACUAAGUCACAUGAAAGGGGAGCUACCAGCUCACAGGGAGGAGAAACAUGUCACCACUGAGGUUGCCAGCAUACAGUUGGAGAGUUUCCAAAAGUCAACCAUGGAUGACCGAACAGCUGAUAGUUCUUCCCAGCUGACAGAGACUGAGACUAGCCAAGGACAACAAAGUGCAAACUUGUCUUCCACAGGUAAAUAUAGUAAAAAGAAGGGCAAGCCCAGGAACAAACCAACAUUGAACAGGUCAAGGUGUGGAAAGACUUCUCUUGGAGAGGAAAGUAAUGCAAGUAUAAGUGAAGAUGUGACAGGGAGACUGUCUACCAGGCGAACCCGCAGCCAGAGCAAGCAGAGUCUUGGGGCAACGGAGGACAGGCCCCCAGAAGCUUCAUCCAAUAAGGGCAGAAAACGGCAGAACAAGAGCCUAUCAAACUCAGGGGAUGUGGCUGUUGAUGCAGAGAUUGGGCCCCCAGAAGCUUCAUCCAGUAAGGGCAGAAAACGGCAGAACAAGAGGCUAUCAAACUCAGGGGAUGUGGCUGUUGAUGCAGAGAUUGGGCCCCUGGAAGCUUCAUCCAAUAAGGGCAGAAAACAGCAGAACAAGAGCCUAUCAAACUCUUGGGACGUGACUAUUGAUGCAGAGGUUGGGCCCCUGGAAGCUUCAUCCAAUAAGGGCAGAAAACAGCAGAACAAGAGCCUAUCAAACUCUAGGGAUGUAGCUGUUAAUGCAGAGAUUGGGACCCUGGAAGCUUCAUCCAAUAAGGGCAGAAAACGGCAGAACAAGAGCCUAUCAAACUCAGGGGAUGUGACUGUUGAACAGACACACACUGAAACAGCAGUAAAAGUAAACUCCCAUAGAAGGAAUAGCAGAAGUAAAAAAAAAGUAUAUGUGUCAGACAAAUCAUCUUGCUCUGAUAUAAAUGCUUCUGCAGAGAAAAGCCUCAUACGUAUGAGUAACAAAAAGGAAAACAAAAAGUCUAUGAAUAAGGUUAAAACUGCAAAUUGUAGUGACCAUGAAGAGAAUAUGACAAAGAGAAUGACAGAUGAGGUUAUGAAGGCAGGUUUAGAUGCCACAGAAAGUAACCAAGCAGAACUGGAGGCAGGUUUAGAUGCCACAGAAAGUAACCAAGCAGAACUGGAGGCAGGUUUAGAUGCCACAGAAAGUAACCAAGCAGAACUGGAGGCAGGUUUAGAUGCCACAGAAAGUAACCAAGCAGAACUGGAGGCAGGUUUAGAUACCACAGAAAGUAACCAAGCAGCACUGGAGGCAGAUUCAGAUGCCACAGAAAGUAACCAAGCAGCACUGGAGGCAGGUUUAGAUGCCACAGAAAGUAACCAAGCAGCACUGGAGGCAGGUUUAGAUGCCACAGAAAGUAACCAAGCAGCACUGGAGGCAGGUUUUGAUGCUACAGUCAAUAAAAUAACUGAUGACAAAAUUUUGAAAAAAGCAGAACAGUCAAGUGAGGAAAGUGUUUUAGAAACAACAGAUCAUGAAAUAAAUAACUCUUCUGUGAACAAAAUAUCAUCAAAUAAUGGCAGAAGCAAGACUGCAUCUGAGAGGCUUUCAGUCGAUGAGGAACUUGAACAGAAAGUGAAUGCUGAAGAGUGUAGAGCUGUUACCCAUGUAAAACUUAAGUCUGUAAAAUCAACCAGAUCUGUCAAAACAAGUGGGGUGGAAAAUAUAUCUCAAACACUUAGUGCCAUUUAUACAGAUAAAAAACAAGAUGAAAGCAAUGCUAGAACACAUAGUGCCAACCAAGAUAGUGAUGAGAGUGGUAUGACUGGUACUGCACCGGAUCUUAGUAAAGACGAUGCUCCCCCAUCUGAACAUUUUGACACCCCAGGGGACCUGCCACGUGUUAACAAGCAGGCUGGGUGUUUACAUGGAGGGGACACAACUCCAGCAGACUUAAAUGAACAAGGUCGUGGUCAGAAGUCAGUCAAUGCAGCUGGACUGGACAUUGGAGGUGACGUGACAGGAUCAAUCUCAAAGAAUACAAAUGCAACUGUUAGCAUUAUCCCAUCCCACACACCGAUGCUUAGCUUCAGAACAAAGAAAAGGUUGUCCUACUCCAAACUGCUGAAUGACAGCCUCGAGAGAAGGUCACAGACUGAAACAAGUGCCAGCCUUCCCGCUAUGUCUGGGUUGACACAGCCUCCUUCACUGGAGUCAGUUGUGGAGGAGGAAGGUGACGGUGACCAUGGUGACAAGGACAAUCCCAAUGCUGACUUCCUUUGUCUCAGACCAGCCAGCCUCAACAGGAGUGCCACACUCCGACAGCAGGAAGAACUGAACUCAGCUGAAGAUGAGUUCUGGAUGGUAGAGGACAAACCACUCAAGAAGAAGAAGCCUGUGAAGAAGAGCACCUCUCCAAGAAAAAGUGUUAAACAGAACAGGAACAGUGCAGAAGGUGUCAUGGAGGAAAAUACUGUGAAAGGAAAGAAGAAAGCAAGGCAAAAGACAGAACGAUUGAAGAAAAGUGCAAGAAAAGAUGCAGCAUCUCCAGUCGUAUCAGAGGCUGACAUUGUGGCAGAUGAUGGGGAAAGCUUACUCCAGCACACUCUCUUUACAGACACACCAACGUCAUGUAAGCCCAGGAAGAGAAAGUCCCCACAACCACCUGCCCCAAACUCAGGUGGAAAGAAGUCCAAACCGGCUCGGGUGACAAAGACUAUGGAGAUUAUGAAGGGGACCAGGAAAAGUGUGCCAGCUGUAGCCAAUGCCUCCGUGAGUCGGUUAUCUCAUCUCAACCUAACUGUUCCUGGUGAGACUCCCAAAAGUGGGGUGUCAUUCCGCCAGAGGAGAAGAACAAGUAUCAGAGACAGCGAGCAAAGCAGUAUGAACCUGUCCUGUCCUGAACAGUUUUCUCCUCAAAGUGAGUCUAAAACAACAAGGAUACAGACAAAGAAGAGAAAUUCCUCAUUGAAAGGGAAAAUAGUGGCAACUUCCACUUCAGCAAAACAUCUCACUCCAUGUUUGGCAAACUCAGAUGUCACAUCAGUGCAGAAAAAGAAGCGAAGAGUAACCAUCAGCAACAUAGUGGAGAAAGCCAGUGUCAGCUACUCAGAUUCUACAGGGUCAGACCAUGAACUUAUGAUAGGUCAUACACCAAAUUGCCAAAUCUCAGCGCCAGACUGGAGUGAUGUCACUGGCUCUCCUGUCCAUAUUUUUGAAAUGACCAACACUGCAACACCUGAUCCCAUCACAGCACCACCCAUAUCUAAGAUCAUCUAUCCUCGCCCUGGUCCUGAAGGUGUUAGAAGGUCCAACCGAGUCCGACUCAGGCCAAUAGAGUGGUUUAAGAAUGAACAGGUUAUCUACGAACGAAGAAAGUCAGGUAAUUUUGUGAUUGCUGGUGUGCAGCCUUCAAAAGAAGCAGAAUACCUAGCUGCUGAGGCAGAAAAGCAAAAGAAGCGUCGGGCCAGAAUGAAGCGCAAGGAAACUAAAAGUUCAAAAUUAUCAAGAAAUAGAUUACUUGCCAAAGCAAACCUUUCUCUACACACUGAUCUCUCUGCUGACAAGGACUACACGGUCAGCACUGACUUCCCUAUCAUGAACCCAGAGACACAACAAGAGGUACUUGUAGAUUGCAUUGCUCCAGUUGACAGCUACCUGUAUGUGGGCCCAGAUGGAGACCCCCCCUGUGAGGGAGACCCCUUCAUCAUCUGCCAUGCCAUACAGCAGCCGGCCUUCACCGUUGGGCAUCUGCUCAUUGCUCCACUGGGGGAAAAGCCCACACAGGUUCUACGAGACAACACACUGAUCUUCACUAUUGUGCAUGGCAAGCUGUCUGUGACCAUCCACCGGGGCAGUACUGUGCUGGAGGCAGGCGACCAGUUCUUCGUCCCGCGAGGAAAUACCUACAGCCUGAAGAAUCUGCGCAAUGAGGAAGCUAAAUUAUCCUUCGUGAACCUGAUUGAGGACAGUUCCUCCUAGAAAGACUUGGUGUUUUACUGUACAUAACCUGUAUAUCUGUGAAAAGCUGUGUAUCUAUCACCUUGUAUACUACUGUAUAAAGUUGGCCAUGUACAGUAUUAGCAGCAGUACAUACAUGCUGUGGAAGCCAUGUUCUCUGUAUCUAUAAAUUGGACAGGUUGGGACUUCUCAAAGGCUGACAUUUGACAGGGAUGCACAUGUACAAUGUAGGAUUUCAGAAUGUUGCAUGAGUAAAUGCUUAACUUGUCUAUGAACCAAUGUAUACAAUCAUACACCUGAGCCUAUGAAUGCAGUCCAUGUUUGGUAAGUGAGGGGUGAUGCAACUGGUAUUGGCUGCCUGAAGAGCUACCCCAAGCUGUGCCACGUUGGCAGGUGCUGGGUCUCUGGCGUACACUCUCCACCGGAGAACAUCCCACAGAUGCUCUAUUGGGGACAUGUCAGGGGACAGCGGCCAGUCCAAGGUCAGUGUGCUUGCUUGUUUGAGAUAAUCAGGGCUGGGCAUGAUGUGGUCUGGCAUUGUCAUCUUGCAGUUCAUACCGGUAGUUUCUGCCGAUAAUAUUGUAGCAAAUGGAACGACAGGACACAAAAUUUCGUAAAGCAGUUGCUGGCAUGUAAGUUGUCUGUUCACAAUAGCCUGUUAUGUGUGAUAGUGCCCCACACCAUGACACUACUGCCACCAUACCAAUUAUGGUUAAAAAUUGUUCACUGGUACAUCUCCAACAACAUUUUCUGCCAUCUGUGAAUAAGAGGCAAAACCUUGUGCUGAUGUACAAAAUAAAACAUUUUGUGGUUGAUUCAUCUGUCAACAUGGUAAAUCACCUGUGGCACACAGCCUGUCCCUGUUGUUGCUUAGCCCACCCCAAUCUUUGCUGCCUGUGGUAAGCUGUUAGGGUCACACCCUUCACAGAACACCUUGCUUACAGGCUGUGCUUCUAACAGUAUAUGUGUAAAUUCGCCUUUCUGUUAUUGUACAGAAUUCUCUAUUGAUAACAAGAGCAGAUUUGAAUCAAUUGCAUUAUGCAAUUAAUGUAGUGUCAUGAUCUUGUUUGGGUGUCUUUUUCUUAGGCCUGCCCUGCCCAGGUAUCCUUGCAACCCCACCUGUUUGACGACCCCUCCAUCGUACCCAUAAUUCGCCAUUUUGUCUGUUCACACUUUUGCCUCUAUGUGCAUCAGGGGGCACGGCCGGCCCAGUCGUUGAAGGCGUCGCGAUUCGCUGUGCAGAGUUGCGUCCCUUGGGCACGCCAGAAACCUAUGAUUUUGGGUUCGAAUCCCUGUUUGCCCCAAUUUUGUUUCUAGGUUUGUCAGCACCAUACCCGUGCUUGUGGGUUUCACCGAAGUGGUAAACGUCUGAGACCUGCAUCACUUUGGGCUUUCCUCCAAAAUUAAGCAGACACUCAAUCACUCUGUGUGCAUCACAUGAUGUGAAAUGUCACUGGGAUUAGAUGUUGUGUUCAGAUGCAACGCCACAGUAUUAUAAAUGUACACCUCAACGAUAGCGUCAUUCAAGUCGUUAGUUACCUUAUUUUGUGGGGUUGGUAUAGUAUCUGACAUUCGAGCCUUUUACUCUUCUUUUGGCCAACAUUUGUCAUGUGGAAAGAUGUAUUUUAGAAAAAUUAAGAUUUUUUGUGCAUUUGUUCCUUGCAAUUGGUCAUUUAAACAUUCUGAAAUCUCACUUUAAACAUGAUUUUGAAUGUUGUCAUUCUGUCCCACAGGUAAUAAUACAACAUUUGUUACAUGGCUUUGGGAAGCAUUGUCUCUUUCACUUACAUGUUACAUGCAUCAAUGGAGCACUGGUUUUGUUCUCAAGUAAAAUAUGCAUGUCUUUAUCUGUGGCAGUGCUUGACACUGACCAAAGUUUCUCAUUGCUCUAAAGGACCAUCUACUGGUCCUGUUGGAUCUCUACUAGAGACAGUGGUGCUUAGAGCUUAGUCUCGAUCUAUCGCUGAUUUCAAAAGUCAUACAAACUUAAAAUACUUUGUUUGUCCCAGUAAUACCAGACCAGCAUUUAUUUAUUUUACUGGUCCUUAAGAAACAAUGCUAGACUCGACCAGUCAGUGUUUGUGCUGUAACCCAUGGUGUGAAACUGAUGAAGGGAUCCCAUUCUCUUUACUGGAGUAAAUGCAGUGUUGUAGGAUAUGCUGAACGUUCUGGCAUGGAAACAUUACAUGCUAUAACAGUGACAUCCUCAUUAUAACAAAGUUACACAAAUGUGUUGAAUACUUUUAUUACACGACAUAACCAUAAUCUGCUUCUCCUACUAUAUGUCAUUAGAUAUAUCAUGAUGAUAUAUUUCCACUAAGUGAUGUGUUGCUGUACAAAUUAAACUUUUUUGAUAACA